AUGGACGAUAAUGAUACUGCGAACCUCGAUGUAGAGUUUAAGCGGUACUUACAACUGUUAAGACCUUACCUGGGUCAGCUCGUUGAUCAAAAUAUUAUUAAAAUCUGUGACGCUUGGAUACAGAGACUCUCGGAUUGUAAGGAAAACGAGAAAGCCCUGAGGAAUAAAUAUGUAUUUGUCCUUUGUUAUCAACUUGCUAGAGGCGUAUUAGAUUUGCCAUUCUUAAAUCAACCCCCUGAUGAACUUCAGCCUUUGUCCGACGACCUCCAUAGCGAGGAAUCUUCAACUGAAGUGGAAUAUCUUGUCAUUAACUCUGAAGAGCCUCGUACAAAAGUAAUAUUUAAUAAUAAAAAACAGAGUAGCUCCGAAACAGAUUGUUUUUCACAAGAAUUCGAUAAAGCCACUGAAAGUUUGACGAGUACUGAAUUACCUCUACCAGUAAUAAAAGGAAAAUAUUCAUCGUCUACUGGUAAAAAUUUGUUUUGUUAUACGUGUCCAGAAGUGGUACAUCACAUGACUGACCAUGGGGAGGAAUAUGAAUAUAGAGCUAACAACCUCGUUAAAAAGCUACGGGAGAUAAAAAUGCAGAAUAUGUUGCUUCAAAAGGAACUUGUAGCUUUAAAAGAUGAAUCUAAAAAUCUCAAGCAAGAUGAAUCGAUUUACGAGUGUGUUGCAAAGGUUGAUAAUGCCACAAGCGCGUUUAUACGAAGUAACGAUAGCAAUGUCACAUUAAAAUCUUUAAAAUGUCAACUUCAAGAAGUACAAGAUUCUAGAAAUACCUUGAUACAGACUAUAAACUCCCUUCAAGAUGAAUUGGAUCAUGUGAACGAGAUGAGGAAAAAUGAACAAGAUGACCUUGAAGCAAAACAUAAACUGGAGUUAAUAAAAGUGCGCACAGCAGCUAGAGACGAAACUAAAGUGUUUUUUGAGAAAAAAAUUGAAGAACUGCGACUGACUUAUGACGAAACUAUUAACAAAAUACAAGAUUCAGCUUCACAUAAAGUUAAGGAUAUGAAUAAAAUUAAAGAUGAUGUAAUUGAAGAGAAAGACAAACUAUUAGAGGCUAAAGAUGCGGAAAUACGUCGUUUAAGGACUCAACUUGAAGAUCAAAAGAAUAAUUUACACACGAUGCUUAAUAAGUUCAUGGAACGAUCUAACGACGAAGGGUCGUGCGACGCUAUGAAGCUCAGAACUCAACAACUAGAAAUACGUCUGGGCAAAUUGGAAAAAGCAAAGGCCAAAUGUGCAAAAAUAUAUGAAACCAAAUUGGCACAAUUACAAAGAGAGAAACACUUGGCGGAGUGUUCACUACAACUGCAAUUAGUGAGACAAAGAGCUCAGGUUGUUAAUGAAAUGACCGAUGAAAACCAGGCGGAACUGAGCACGUCUCUAGACAAGCUAGAAACUAAAUAUAAAGAUAUAGUGGCAAACGUGCAGGCUACUGCCAUACAAAGACGAAUGCAAGACCAACUAGCUCUGGAGUCGAUAUUUCAAGCAGCUUGCGGUAUACAUGAACAGAAUCAAAUGCCUUUCUCCAAACCAGCACGCAAUCAAAACCAAAGCUACGACAGUGAAAUCUCAAGCUUAUUGCGCGGUAAUAAAGUCGGAACUGUAAUCGUGGGUGGUGGUAAUAAAUCUUUCGGAGAAGACAGUUUGACGGGUGGUUUCUGUCUCAAUGGGGAAAGAAUGGGAGAACUAUUCGAAAGGGUGUACAUACCUCAGAGGGACAAUGGGGAGGCGAAGUGA